AUCCUUGGCAGCUGCUUCAAGUGUUUGCUGAAGCCCUUUUAUUUUGGAGACUUGGAAAGUUCCCCUCCCUCCCCCCCUUUCAUCUGCCGCCUUCUAACCACACAGCACACACACACAAACAGUGUGGCUGCAACCAGCGGUGCUGUAAUCUCUGGGAAGGUGUCAAUCGUAUUCCCCUGGCGGGUGAAGUGGGUUCCCCCUCCCCUUUCCCUUUGCUGUGGCCGCCUCUCUUCCCUGUGUGUGUGUGUGUGUGAGAGAGAGAGUGAGAGAGAAAGGGGGAGGGCUGGGCAAACUCAGGGUAAAGCUGAGCAGAGGAACAGUUACUGGAUGGAGUGAGUGAGAGGCGGUGUGAGCCUGCUGCAUGUAGCAGAGCAGAGCAAGGGUGGCAACUAGCGCUGGACUACUACCUUUAACACCACCACCCUCCCAAAUGUGCCUCUAAACGCUGGCAGAUGCAGCAAGACAGCUAGAAUGGGCAAACUCCACUCGAAACAUGCCGCCGUUUGUAAACCGAGAGAAAGCCCAGAAGGUGACAGUUUCGUGGUGAACGCCUGCCUCAAUCGCCGGGGGCUGGAGGAAUGGGUGGCUGCACAGGAUAAGGUCCCGGGUUGCAAGGCACAGCCCUGCCGGCUCUCCACCGCGGGGUCGGUUGGUGAAUUUGGCAGGCAAGGAUACAGUGAAGAACAAUAUCCUUUAGAAGUUGCUCUACCUCCAGAGAACGUGGAAGGCUUCAGUCACGCAACUGAGAAGAAAAUGGAGAAGGGGGCCAGCCAAGGCAGCGUGAAGAAGCAAUUGAAAUUUGAAGAGGUGGAAUGUGAUGUGUCUGUGCAAGAUGACAGCAGGCAGGAAUGGACAUUCACCUUGUAUGACUUCGAUAACAAUGGCAACGUCACCCGUGAGGAUAUCACAAGUCUCCUGCACACUAUCUAUGAGGUGGUGGAUACAUCUGUGAACAACACCCCAAGUAGCAGUAAAACUCUGCGGGUAAAGCUAUCUGUGACGCCUGAUGCCAAGCAGAAGAGAAAAGGCAAUCAAACAUGCCACGCCGAUGCUAGCAGCCCGUGGCCAAAGGCUGACAGCAAAAGUGUGGAGGAGUCAAAGAACACAGAGAAGAAAUCUCGCCCGCCUCUCCAACGCCACAACAGCGACCAGGAUCCCCAGGACAACACCUGCGCUCAGCAUUGUCUGGAUGACAACACAGAGAGGAGAAACCACUACCUUGACUUGGCAGGGAUAGAAAACUACACCUCAAAAUUUGGGCCAGCAGGUUCAGCUCCAGCGGCCUCGAGGAAGGAGAACCAGGCGAAGGUUUGGCAGCAAGCCAGAUCGCGCUCCCAUGAGCCGGACGCAUCGCACGGCCACCACAGGCGAUCGCAACCCAUCGACCCCGGAUACAGCCACCUCAGCCACCCUUCCGCGCACAGCAGGGUGGUGGAACUGCAGCAACGAUUGCGCAGCCAGGACAGCGCCAAGCAUUUGGUUAAAUCCCCCAAAGCCCCGGGUAAAGUUGCGGCGGCCGCUACAGGAGCGGCCGGCAAGGUGGGAAGGAGCAAAUCCUCGCAGGGUCCUCACGUGCCGACGGCAUCCACUCCCGCGGCGGCGGCGGCGGCAGGCCCGGGUAUCCCCUGUCCACCAGCGCAGCUCGCCCCGCAGCAUCCGCCGGGCCACAGGAAGCACAGGCAGAAGGCCAGGGAGGCCCAGCAAGCCUACAAGACCUUCCAGCCCUCGUCGCGGGUGGCCGAGCAGGAGCACGUGAAGGACCUGCCGUCACUCCUGCUCUACGACGGACAUGUUGGACGCAUUAUCCAGAGACACGAACACCACCACCACCAUGAACACCACCACCACUACCAUCACUUCUACCAGACAUGAGCGGGCCAAUGCUGGGCCGGAAACCACUGCAUCCAAUUCUGAAAGACUGCGUUUUUGUGACCACUAAACUAGACAGUAUUGUUAAUGAUAAUUAAAUAUAAGAUGAGUAACUUUCGACCAUGAAAUCUAAUGAAGUGACACUAAAAGACUUAAGAACAGCUGACUACCUCCUCCAGUUUUAAUCCAGAUUUUAUUUUACUUGGCCUGUUAAAUGAGUCACAAGGGGUUUUACUGUUCUGGAUACUUGUAACCUUUUUGUGUUGUCCAGAAUUUCUGUGAUUUAUCAACUGUGUUAAGAGUCGCAUUAACCACAUUUGCCAACUCUUCAGUUAGUGUAAGACUAGGUUGUUUUUUUUUGUCAUGGACCUUUCGAAGGGUUAGAGUUCCUAGAGGAAAGACAAUAGACAAUAGGUGCA